ACAAGUAGGUUCCGCAUUCCCAAACCCUCCCAGACAGCGGGAUCGGUAUAAAAACGGGCUGAUGCAACGAUUUUCAUUCUUUAAAACUGACAUCCGACCUUCAGCUGACCUGAAAAAAGAACAUCUCUCGGAUUUAGGACCAAUUUCAGAAAAAUGGUGCAAAAUACACUUUGGAGUAGAAAGCUUUGAACCCCUCCCCUGACGUCGAUGAGCACAGAGAUUCAAAGCCUGACAUGAUGCCUGGACAGAUCCCAGAGCCCUCGCUGACUGCAGGCUCUCUCCCAAGUCUGGGCCCGCUGGCAGGCAUCCCGUCCACCACUCUCACUGCCGAGGACUUGAAAUACGCAGGCAUCCGAAACAUCGAGGCCAUGAUCUCCCCUCUGCACUUCCUGGGAGUAAAACUGUCCAAGAGGCCAUCCCCAAUGAAAGGAGAGAUGGAGGAGGAGGAGGAUAGAAGGAAAAGGCGACGAGAGAAAAACAAAGUUGCAGCAGCACGAUGUCGAAAUAAAAAGAAAGAAAGGACAGACUUUCUACAAAGGGAGUCGGAGAGGCUGGAGGUGAUGAACGCAGACUUGAAGGCUCAGAUUGAAGAGCUGAAGCACGAGAGACAGCAGCUGAUCCUCAUGCUGAACCGGCACCGCCCCACCUGCAUCGUGAGGACGGACAGCGUCAAGACGCCCGAGAGCGAGAGCAACCCCCUGCUGGAGCAGCUCUCCAGGAAGUGAAGGAGGGCCCACGGCUUUCCACAAACUCUUUGUACACCUUAGACGUGUAGUGCAGCUAAAGUCAGCACUUAGCUCUUUAAGGAAGUUGAGAUUCCUUUUGAGUCCUUUCACUUUGGGAGGAUGUUUUGGAAGGGCUCGCUUUAAGAGACCCGUUCCAAAAUGUCUUUUUUGGGGUUUCCUGUCAUGUGGAAGCUGUUGCCAUCAGUGAAGACAAAGAAACACUUUUAAACGGUUUUAAGUUUCUGUUGUGGAGCCAGGCAUCCAGACAGGGUGAUAUUUGCCAAUGUAUUCUGGUUUAAUAAACAGUUAUAGUAUUUUAUAUUGCCGUUUUAUCCUGCCUUUGGCUCUGGCAGUGUCCGGUUGAACCGACUUGAGGUGACGCAGGCGUCAUCAAAGCAUUUAUAUAUAUAUAUAUAUAUAUAUAUAUAUAUAUAUAUAUAUAUAUAUAUAUAUAUAGUUUACAAUCUUGCUAUUACACCAUUGUUACUGCCAAUUACAUUUUGUGUUUUUUUAAUGAAUUGUUUUUUUUAUACUGCAAUAUAUAAAAAUGAUAUAUGAUAUGUAAUCACUAGAUGUGAUGCAUUUUACAUUUACUUUGUAUUCUCAUGUGUUGUGUGUCAAUGUCAUUGUUUCUGUCUGAGAGGGGGUUGUGAAUAGCCCCCCUGGCUCUCCUCAGCAAUGUGUUUAUAUAUAUAUAUAUAUAUAUAUAUAUAUAUAUAUUUUUUUUUUUUAAUGUUAACUUUCUGUGUUUUACAACCAUGUAUGUCUUUUGAUGUUACUCUGCUCCAUACUCAUUAAAUCGUAUUUUCAAAGAGUUGCAUUCUGUAUGUAUUGUUUUAAAUGGGUUUACUUUCUCACCCAAUGUUCAGCUUUCGGGUGGCGUGUGUACCAACCCUUUCAAAAGGGGUGAAGUCAGUACACUUUGUAUUUCUUGAAGACCCUAUCUGAGAACGGGCCCCAGCUGCACAGUGUGGAAACCCCAUCGUCUCAGACCAGGACUCCUCUGACGAUGUGAAGAAGGUGUUAAGGCGAGAGAAGAACCGAAUCGCAGCUCAGAAGAGCAGGAUGAGGCAGACACAGAAAG